AUGGACAGGGCGAGGUGGCAGCGGAUGCUGACCCUCCUCCCCAUCUGCCUGGCCCUUGCCUUCUCCCUCACAGCCAUGGGCAGCAGCCACUGGUGCGAGGGGAUCCGACGAAUGACAAAACCUCUAUGCCAGGAUCUCCUCGGGGGCUUGAACUGCAUUCACUUCAGCCGGUCCAGCAGCAGCACGGGCAGUAAGCACGAUGACAGCCAGGCUGUCCAGUACAUCUGGGAGACAGGGGACGACAAGUUUAUCCAACGCAGGUUCCAUGCGGGGCUUUGGCAGUCCUGUGAGGAAAGCCUCAACAGCACAGGUGAGCGGUGCAGGUGCUUCCUGGGGAUAGUACCCGCCGAGGGACAAGGAGUUUUAUGGCUCUCCAUUGGGGCUGAAGUCUUGGAUAUCUUCCUGAUACUGACAGGUGUCAUCCUCCUGGGCUUCAGCAUGAGUUGUUACAGUUCCGGAUGCAGCUGGCUCAACGUGGACGCCUCAGUGGCUAUCCUCAUGGUGCUUGCAGGACUCCUGGGCAUGGUGGCUCACAUGAUGUACACAACUAGUUUUCAAAUCACCGUGAACCUAGGACCAGAAGAUUGGCGGCCUCAGACAUGGGACUAUGGCUGGUCCUAUUGUCUUGCCUGGGGAUCUUUUGCUCUCUGUAUGGCUGUUUCAGUGGCGACCAUGAGCAGAUACACCACAGCCCAAGCAGAGGUGCCAAGGGCACAGAAAGGUGGUCCAUACCCUCAGCACAACACCCCACAGCCUGGACCUUCACGGAAGGUUUGGCAAACAGGAGCGACUCCCCAUCCUGUGGGACACAUCUUCACGAAUGUUCCUGGGCACCCGCCCCCAGGUACAGGAGGCAAAGUGUCCAUGUGCUAGCCAGUGCUGCAUGUGUGGAUGAGCCGGGCAUUUAUUACCACAAUGAACACCCCUGGAGUGGAGUUCAGAAGACCACAGUAUAGGUAAACUUUCCACUACCCCUCUCUGGACUUAGCCUCUCAUGUCUCCUACAAUUCCUGUGUCUUUAAAGGAAAUAAUGUCUACAGAAGAUAUCAACUAUUAACACCCCACUAUAAAGGAACAUUGUCGUUUCUCUGACUCUGAGUUUAAUCAAUAUCCCAAAGAAAGUGGGAUCAUGAAAGUAUUAAGGGCAACAAUGAUGAA